CGCCCACAGGUAAUAAUCUCUGUGAGGGAGAAGACUGGAUGUUGUCGUUGACUGGACACCGUCCUACCUGCGGAGUUUGUCAUAUCAAGUGGGCCUGCACAUAAUAACAUUUCCACCAUGGCGACAACAGCAUUACGAUCGGUCCUAAAGGCAAAGGUCCCACUUAAAGUUGGCCACAUGUGCUACUCCUCCUCAGUGCCUACCACCAAGCUGUUCAUUGAUGGAAAGUUUGUUGAAUCCAAGACUUCAGAAUGGCUGGAUAUUCACAAUCCUGCUACCAACGAGGUGAUCUCCCGUGUACCCAAGGCCACCCAGGAGGAGAUGUUGGCUGCCGUGUACUCGUGCACCAGAGCCUUUCACUCCUGGUCCGAGACCUCCAUCUUGGCUCGGCAGCAAGUCUUUCUGCGCUAUCAGCAGCUUAUCAAGGACAACAUUAAAGAACUUGCCAAGGCCAUUACAGUGGAACAGGGCAAGACCCUUGCAGAUGCAGAGGGGGAUGUAUUCAGAGGAUUGCAGGUUGUGGAGCACGCCUGCAGCAUCACCUCUCUGAUGCUCGGUGAAACCCUGCCCUCCAUCACCAAGGACAUGGACACCUACACCUACCGCCUGCCCCUUGGGGUGUGUGCCGGCAUUGCGCCCUUCAACUUCCCUGCCAUGAUCCCUCUGUGGAUGUUCCCCAUGGGCAUGGUGUGCGGCAACACCUACCUGCUCAAGCCGUCAGAGCGGGUGCCAGCCUGCGCCAUGCUGCUGGCCAAGAUGCUGCAGGAUGCCGGUGCACCAGACGGGACGCUCAACAUCAUCCACGGCCAACACGCUGCUGUCAAUUUCAUCUGUGACCAUCCAGCCAUCAAGGCAAUCAGCUUUGUUGGCUCAAACCAAGCUGGGGAAUAUAUUUACGAGAGGGGCUCAAAAAAUGGCAAGAGGGUCCAGUCCAACAUGGGAGCCAAGAACCAUGGUGUGGUGAUGCCUGAUGCCAACAAGGAGAACACUCUGAACCAGCUUGUGGGUGCAGCUUUCGGGGCAGCGGGACAGCGCUGCAUGGCUUUGUCCACAGCCAUCCUGGUGGGCGAGGCACGGAGCUGGCUGCCGGAGCUGGUGGAGCGUUCCAAGGCUCUGCGCGUGAAUGCAGGAGACCAGCCUGGUGCAGACAUGGGGCCUCUGAUCUCUCCCCAGGCCAAGGAGAGAGUCUGCAGUCUGAUCCAGAGUGGUGUGGAUGAGGGAGCUCAGCUGCUCCUGGAUGGCCGAAACAUCAAGGUCAAGGGUUAUGAGAACGGCAACUUUGUGGGUCCCACCAUCAUCAGCAAUGUCACACCUGCAAUGAAAUGCUACACUGAAGAGAUCUUCGGGCCUGUGUUGGUCGUACUCGAGGCAGACACUCUGGAUGAUGCCAUCACUUUGGUCAACAGGAACCUCUAUGGCAACGGUACAGCCAUCUUCACCACAAAUGGCGCCACGGCACGCAAAUACACUCACGAGGUGGACGUGGGCCAGGUUGGAGUCAAUGUCCCCAUCCCUGUUCCACUGCCUAUGUUCUCCUUCACUGGAUCAAGAGGAUCCUUCAGAGGGGACAUGAACUUCUACGGAAAACAAGGCAUCCAGUUCUACACACAGAUCAAAACUGUAACCUCGCAAUGGAAAGCUGAAGAUGCCACCUUGAAAAGUCCUACAGUUACCAUGCCUACAAUGGGACGCUAAGUACUCCAUCCAAGUGCUGCUGUUCACCCUUCUUCCACGCACAACACAGACUUGUUCAAUGGGAACAGUUCAUAAUGCAAGUCAUUAAAUCACUCUUUUAAAGACUUUAUAUUAGAUGUGUAUGUAUAGAUACUGUGUAAAUGUAAACCACUGUGCCCAAGAUUUUAACAAUGCAAAAGAUCUGUACAGCUGAGCCAAUGUUACUGGAUCAAUGUCAUUUCCUCACAUACACAAGUAUUGAAACUCUCGUGUACAUAUAGCGUAGUGUGUAUAAUACCCAUGAAAGAAAGUUGCCAUUGACACACUGCAUUGUAUCCCACUGACCCACCAUCCAGUGAUUUGUUUAGAGAUCUUGUAUUUUAUCUGGUGCACAAGUUGAUAACAGCACUUUGUGGUCAUGAAAUAGUUUUGUCUUCAGGGAAAAGAUCCUUUUAAAUGGGUUGUGACAGAAUUCAAACAAGCUUCAUGUAUGAAAGAGAAUACUCACAAGCCAUAUAUACAUGCACGGUAAGAUAUUUAUAAUGAGCACAAACAAACAUCUUGUAUUCUACUAUACACAUGAUUGACACUCUGUGGGAAGAGUACAAAGCAGAGGCAAACAAUCCAGAGUGUGAUGUGCCAUGUAGAGGACACACAGAGGUCACGUGGUGUGUAUAUCCGGUAGGCUGUUUGGGUUCGAGGGCAGAGCGGGCUCAGGCGCCUGGGUGAUGAAAGUCGCCGGGGAGAGCUCCUCUCUAAUUCUGGAAGACAGUCGUCAUUAUGCAACGCUCAAAUGCAACUGUCUGAUAAAUAACAUGUAGGCACUCAUGUUCUCACAGCCAAUGCUUUUUCAGCUAAACAUGGAAUGUGGGACCAAUAAAUCUGCACAGGCUUCAUAA